GUGCGAAUGUUGCAAGUAAGUGCAACCCAGAAAAUAAAGCCGCCCAGUCACCCACCGUAAUAUAUACAUAAUAAGAACAAUAAUAAUAAAUAAAUACACAGUCCGCGUUGUCCCAUGAAUAAAAAAAGUCUGUCAUAUCACAAGGUGGAAGUACAUCGAGCGAGUAUUUGUCUUUGAUCAAACUCUGAAUGAAUUUUGGAAUGAUAUUGAUCCAAGUUGUGAAUGUGUGUGUGUUGGUGAACAGUAGUGCAUGCAUACAUUUGGAAGCAGUGGUGGUGGUGGUGGGGUCUUCUAGGUAAAGUAAUUAAUAGUAGUCCCUGCCCCACCAGACGACCAGACCCAACUACCGGAAUAAGGAAUUGGUAUGUAUGGGAGAGAGAGAGACAGGUAGUUAUCGUAGUAUUUUAUUUGAUUGCUUUGGACUGGUGGUGGUUGGUGGUGGGUGGGUGACCAUUGUUAUCUUCCAGAAGGAAGUAUACGUACGUAUAAGGCAGUGACGAUGACGACUCUGUCUCUCACCAUCCAAACACUUUCCCAGGAAGGGAAAUAAGUAAGAGGGGAUACCAAGCAAUCCCAUCAUCAUCAUGAGCACAAUUGGACAUGUACGCGUUCCUGGGUCAGAAGCAUGAUUGGAAUUGGAGUUCAGGUCACAAUAAAAAUUGAGCUGCGACUACGGAUGGAUGGGUCCUCGUCGUCUCAGUUUUUGUGGGGGAACAGUGUGGGUUGAAGUGAAGUGAGAAGAAUCGGGCACCUACCUCGAUCCGAAACUCACCUCAGUUGGUGGUAAUAAGCACGAGUUGAGGAAACUGGACAGUGAACUCGUGAGGUGCACUGCACACCUACAUAUUAUUGUUGGUGUUACUAUUGGAUUGGUGGGUCGGUUGGUAGUAAAGUGGGUGUCCGUCCAGUGUAAGCCGGUAGUAAAGUUGUGAGUAAAAUGUACCGGGUGAAAUGCCAGGAGGAUCGAGGGUGGACUAGAACGUGAAUGGGAAUAAGCGGAGCAUUGAUUGGGCGCAGGUGGGCCUCUUUUUCUAGUGGUGGUGGUAUUGUGCUCGUCGUCGUCGUCCUCGUCGUCACUCUCCUAAAGGUUCUCUCUCUGGCUCUGGCACGCUCUCCUCUGCAGUCAUUUCCGGUGUGAGGAGCAAGAGUCGGGCAGUUUUCGGAGAGCGAGCCUCCGAGCACAUCAUCUCUCCCUGCACUUUGUCUCCUCUCCUACCUACCUAAAAACCUAACCUACCUACACAGGCAGGCAGAACGACUCUCUCUCAUUAUUGCCCACUCCAUGAAAUCCCAAGCAUUAAGAAGAAGCGACCCUUCGCCAUCCCGUCUCAUUCCUCGUCCUCAUCUCAAACGGACCAGAAGAGUCGAGACACCUUGCUCAUUCUUCUUCUUAUUCUCACAGUCACGCGCGACGACACGAUUGCCAAUUAGGACUUGGCACACGUGAGACAAAAGCCUUAUCAGUCAGGUCGGACGACGAGGAGAUUCUCCAAGUGACCAAUACAUAAUAGAAACGUAAGCUAAAUAAAAACUCGUCGAGUGUGAGGAUGCUGAGGACUUUGAGGAAAAAAAAGAAAAGAGCGACUCCAAAAGUGUCAACUUAGCCGAUAUCACUACUACAUCUCGAGUAAAUAUAGGGGGACGAAAAAAUUUCGCAAAACCAUGGGUUAAAAUCUGGCCAAAGGGGAGUCUAUAACUUUUGAUUCGACUACUAUUUUCUCGGCUGCCCCAUAUACGACAAAAUAUAAUCUCAUCCACAUCAUCUCUCCUCCACUUUUUUUAUCGUGCCACGACGAGUGUCAAGCGUGAGAUUGGGCUGACUCUGCUCUCUCUCUGAUGGGGAAAGGCGUCAAAUUUCUGCACAUCAUAAUGGACCACACCACCACGACGACUGCCUGCCUGCUUCUUCUUCUUCUUCUUGCACUUGGACCAAGACGAUGCACUUGUGUCCUCUCUUCAUAAGUAGGACUGAAGUGGAGAGAUUUCGGUUCAGUCAGCGUGUGCGGAUUGGCUGCAGUGGACAUUGAUUCGUCAUACCAGAGAUCAGAGGCGUGUGUGGGGGGUCAAGUGAGACGGGGAUGCACUGCUGGCUAUAAUAAAACUUGUCCGACUUGAGAUUGUGUCCCGAUGUGAGAGUUUUAAAGUAAUAGAAUUAUUCCCAGUGGCACAAGUGGAAGAAGAAGAAGAAGUUGUUAGCCGUCCUCGUUCGAUCGGACUGACUGACCUAGUUCAGACGGUAAAGAAGAAGUUGUGGUGAGGUUUUAGGAGUGUGUAGUAGUGGAUGGAAGAAGAAGAAGACUAGAUACGAGUGCGAAAUAAGAAGAACAAGAAGCUGCAUGAUUUGGGGGUCGUCUUCUUUUUGUUCUUUCUUCUUCUUCUUCUUCCUCGUCUUUCUGGUCUGGUGUUGGCAUCUCGCCUCCUAUUUGUGCAAGCUAGAAGAAUUUCUAAUGAGCCUGGAGAGCCACGACUCCUGCUCCUGCUGGAGUAAGAGAGAGAAAAGGGACAGCUCUUCUCCCAGGAAGAAGCCAGCCAAGUAAGUCGAGAGGAAGAAAGUGUGAGAGAAAGACAAGGAUCUCUUCUUCUCCUGCUUUUUCUUCUUCUUCUCCUGACCAGAGAAAGCAGAGAGAAAGAAAGAGAGAGAAAGAGAGAGAGAGGAUCAUGCCUCUUCCCUAUGGACUAUUAUGCGGUGGUGGUUCUUCUGCUGCUGCUCCGUCUACGACUACGACGACCAGUGGAGAAAGUCAGUGCACGUUCGGACCAAUUCUUCUCCACCAGACUUGACUGUCGAGCACGUUCCCCACAAUCAAACCAAGCCACAAAAUAUAAACUAAACCAACCAAGCAACCAACGCGGGUUCCCCCACCUUAAAAUUGAUACUGGACACAUGGUGGUGGGUGGAGUGGGGUCGUUUAUGACAAAUUAUUGAGUGGGGACCAAGUACAUUCAUAAGUGACUUAUUAGGAGAAAGUUAGUGACUGCAUACAUAUUUAGUUGAGACUUUUUUAGUGGUGGGAUUCCUCUAACUUAGAAAAAAGCGAGAGGGAUAAGGAAGUGGACUUUUGGUACUAUGUUGGAUGCGGUGCGGUGAAGCCUUGUGCCGCAUCUUCAUCUCGGACUCUAUUAUCUCUUUACAACAUGUUCUGCAUCGCCCUCGUCCUCCUCCUACAGUGUCUCUUCGGCUCCUGCGGAUACACUUUUAAAGGUGAAACUCUUUCAGUUGGUGGUCAAGAAUUUGUCCAAGUGGACCUUUUUGACAGUCUUCAUCUCCACAAUAGCACAUACCAGGGUGUAAAACUAGGGAAAGGAGUUCGAUCAUUGGGCCCAGGCGUGGUAUUCUCAGGUGACUUUCGAGACGUCAUCAUAUCCAGCGAGUGGGUGGAUCGCAUUCGUGGCCAUCUCGAAGAAGUGAACGACUUCACCAUCUCGGCCAGCGUGAAGCAGAAUCCAAACAAUGUGGGGACAUUGUUAGCAUUUUCUAGAGGGUUAAUUAGCGCACUAGAGAUUCAGUCCAGCGGUCGAAAAAAUGAGCUGAGAGUAAUAUCGAACUCGAUAGUUGAAGCAUUCCCAUUCCGUUUGGCGGACGGCAGUUGGCAUCGACUGGCCAUCUCAUUUUCUGCCUCACAAGUCGAAAUCCUGGUGGACUGCAGGGUCGUGUACAGGCGCGUCCUUCGCUUCGAUCCUGCCUCCAUGAUCCACAAUUCUCAAAACAUAUCCGUCUGGAUUGGACAGAAAGCUCCUUCUAAUUUCCUUUACCAGGGUGUAAUGCAAGAUUUACGACUCACAUUUGGACCUUAUGGCUAUUUGUCACAAUGUCCCCAAGUGGACACACAAUGCCCGACAUGCAGCGAAUACAAUGCCUUAAAAAUGUCUUUUGCCUCGUUGCAGUCUCAAAUAGAAAUGUUAACGGCGAGGUUAAGUGUGGCGGAAGCACGGCUGACAAAUGUGGAGCAGUGCGAGUGCAAGAAGUCGUGUAAAGUAAAUGCCACAUCCGUUGUGGGAGAUGGAUCCAAGUGGCUUCAAGACUGUCAAGAGUGUAGCUGCAAGAAAGGUGAAAUUCUGUGCCAACACAUCCAGUGCCCGGCAAUAAACUGCACGAAACCAGUCACUGCUCCUGGCGAAUGCUGCCCUACGUGCCUCGAAACAUGCUACUUCCGAGGAAGGACAUACGACCAUGGUGAAAUAGAGUCUGGUAUAAACAUUCCCAUGCCCGAGUGCACCGAUUGUGAGUGCAUCCAUGGGUCCAUGAAAUGCAAUAAGCACGACCCAGACAAAAUUUGUCCACCCCUCUCAUGCCCCCUCUCCGAGCAGAUCGUCGUUCCCGAAAAAUGCUGUAAAGUCUGUCCUGGGACGGAUUACUGCGCUACGCACAAGAAUCAGUGCCAUCCAAACGCCACGUGUGUUAAUUUGCAGACAACUUUUACUUGUCAAUGCAACGAGGGUUACUCCGGAGAUGGUCUUAAAUCAUGUCAAGAUCUGGACGAGUGCCUUUUAAAACGUAGUCACUGCGCACGGGACAGUGUGUGUGUAAAUCUCGACGGAAGUUAUGACUGUAAAUGUAUCGAUGGAUUUAGAAAACUAAACAAAUUCCAGUGUGAAGAUGCAGACGAGUGUGCAGAUGGUUCUCAUAAAUGUCAUAAGCAGGCUACCUGCACGAAUACCAGGGGAUCGUAUGUUUGCACCUGUAAUUCGCAAUAUGAGGGGAAUGGAUUCCAAUGUUCUCCCGUGUGCAAUCGAACCUGCGAGAAUGGAGGAUUCUGCAUAGCUCCGAAUGUCUGUUCCUGCAGGUCAGGUUGGACGGGAGACCUGUGCCAGAUGGAUGUCGACGAGUGUUCUAGCAGUAGUAGCAGCCUGCCUACAGGAAAUCAAAAUAUUAAUAAUAAUAAUAAUGGCAACAACCAAACGAUGAGUGGUGAUUCAGCGGAGGGAGCCGUUUGUCCAAAAUUUGCAAUAUGUGUAAACAAACCUGGUUGGCAUUUAUGCCAGUGUAAAGAAGGCUAUCAACUCGUACUCAAUCAGAACGGGGAUGCUCAUUGUCAAGAUGUUAAUGAGUGUGAAGAGGACAACGUGUGUUCUGACGGCUUGACCUGCAUCAAUGUCGAGGGAACUUAUGAGUGUCGCUGUGAAGAAGGAAAUCCUCAAUGUUCUGCAGGCUGCAUCGAGAACGACACCGUUCACCAGCUCGGUAGUAAAUGGAUGAGUGAAGACUGUCACGUUUGUACUUGUGUAUCCCCCGGAACCACGUCCUGUGUAUCUGACACGUCCGAGUUUUGUUCACAACAUUGCAGUUUGAAAUCAGGGAUCAGUAGUAGUACCACCACUGGUGGUGGUCACCAAUGUUGUUCAAACUGUAAUAAUUUAAAUGCUACGCUACGUUACGAGAGUCACACGAAACUUAAGUCAUGUCGGCAUCAGGUCUACUCUGAAAUUGAGUACCAGUCAGGAGAUGUUUGGUACUCCAACUGUCAGACGUGCGAAUGCCUAAAUGGAGAAACAGACUGCUGGUCGAUCGACUGUCCUCCGGCGAAUUGUCACAAUGCCUACUUGCAGCCGGGAGACUGUUGUUAUCGGUGUCCAGGGGAGGAGAGGAAUCAAGACAAGUGCACCCACUCGCAUCGCAAUGGGACCUUUUCAGAGUGCCACCUCCUAGAGGAGACCAUUCAGUCGGGGACGCGUGUCACACUGCCACAAAAUAAUUGCAUAUCCUGCAAAUGUCAAGUGCCGCUCUGCGCAAAAUUGGUGAGCAAAAAUGAUGGAAUUUGUGUGCUUCGGAUGGAGAACUCUGCUGCUCUUACGAUUAUGAUUGCGUUCACAAGUCUGAGACUGCUUUUCUGACGCCAAGUUCUAAUCUCCGCGUCACGACGACGACGACUAAGACGACAACGACGGGGGACAGCACUACCGUCAGUAGCAUCACUCUCGGUGGGAGUGGAAACUCGAGCAGCAGACGACUCUAACGACCGGAAGGCGGUAGUAGAGGUCACCCCGAAAAAGAGGGUCGUCACCAAAGCAAUAAUUUUCAUCGGGUCAGAAAUUAGUAACCGGCUACCUCUUGUCCUACUGCUGUUUGGACCAUUGUAUCAAAACUUAUGAUCAUGGCUACUACUGCACCCAAUUAGCUACACGUACACUACUCCUUAGAAAAAAGGACUUUUAGAAUUCUGGAAAAUUGACUGUUAUAUCAAAAGUUCAUCAAGUACCGGUGAUGAUAAUGAUGACGAUCCUGAUGAUAAGUUAGUGGGUGGAGGUCACCAUCCACGAUCAUCGGUCUCAUCUGCCUACCCUCAACCCAGUCCAACACCCACUUCAAAAAUUGUUCAAAACACGGUAGUUAUUGGUUUGAAUAAUACGACUACUUGUUGGACCCUCCCCCCGUCGAGAGAUGAUGACAGCACACUAAACGGAAGAAGAAGACCAAAAAGCAAAUCGAAUGAAUGUACCUAAAAUAUGUUAAACUAAUUCACAAGACUCAAAAAACCAGGAUGCGACGAGACACUAACUACUACUAUUACUAAUACUACUACUAUUCAUAUUUGUAUAAGUUUAGUAAAAAAAGAAGAGAGAGAUAAGAGAUCGAGGUCCAUUUUCUUCUGCGAUACUUACUAAAUACAUGAUCAACAAUGAACAUAAUGAUGAUUAUGACGCCGGUCCUCCUCCUCCUCCUCAUUUAUAUACACACUUACAUAAACCAUAUUCAAUUAUUCAUGCCAUAAUAUGAUCGAUGGACUGUAACAAACGCAAUAUAUAACAAAAAAGAGAAACCACUACUACUAAAUACUACUACAUACUACUUACUACCAAGUACAGUAUACAUACAUUGUUGGGAAAAUGUCAUUAUGUAUUCAAAAGUAUAUAAAUAUCUAUCAUCUAUCAUGAUUGAUUUGGAGACUCACACUUAUUGCGCAUAAUGUUUACUCCUAUUAUUUAUUAUGAUUAUAAUUAUCACUUUGUUGUCUUGAGAAGUAAUUUAGUUUAAAUAUAAAAAAGUUAAAUUACAAGCAAGCCAUGUUUUGUUUUAAUGUUGUUGUUAUGUUCAUAAUUAUUAAAUAUUUGUGACUUUAAUACUUUGUCAACGAUUAAAUAAAUCCUUUCUAGUCCAC